UUCAGCUUAUAGGACACACUGCGUCUUCAGUAGCAUGAGAGCUAUUUGCUGAAGUAUCUGACGAGAAAAACUCACUCUAGUGCUAUUCAAAAGAGAUACCAUUAUGACAAUGGUAUUAGAAGUAAAUAAAGAGGAACAGAAAAAAAAACUUAAAUAUCCGAAAGCCAUUAUUUUUAUUGUCUGCAUGGAAUUUUGCGAAAGGUUUUCAUACUAUGGAAUGCGAACAAUACUAUCGUUAUACCUCAAGAAUAAAUUGCACUUCAGUGAUGAUUCGUCGACUGUUAUUUAUCAUAUUUUUAUGAUGUUCAUCUACUUUUUCCCGUUAUUCGGUGCUAUACUUGCCGAUUCAAUGUUGGGAAGAUUUAAAACAAUUUUUUACCUGAGUUUGGUUUAUGCUCUCGGCCAACUUAUUCUUGCAGCGGGCGCUGUUCCACCGCUUGGGUUACCUACCAGAGAAAUUACCAUGACUGGAUUAUUUUUUAUUGCUGUCGGUACGGGUGGAAUAAAACCAUGCGUAUCAGCCUUAGGUGGAGAUCAGUUCAUUCUUCCUGAACAAGACAAGUAUCUCGUCACGUUCUUCUCAAUAUUCUGCUUCACCCUCAAUGCUGGAGCACUCCUCUCAUCAUUUCUCGCCCCAGAAUUGCGCAAUAAUAUUGCAUGUUUCGGAGAUCAAGAAUGUUACUCAAUUGCGUUUGCCGCUCCGGCUAUAUUAAUGAUUGCAGCGAUUGCAAUAUUCCUUGUCGGAAGACCGCUGUAUAUAAUAAAGAAACCCACAGGAAAUAUAAUUGUCGACGUGGCAAAAUGUAUGUGG